AUGCCUUGGCAAGAAACCAUCUCUGGUCGUUAUGAGCGCGAAUUCGGCUCCGUCGAGCAAUUUUACCGUCAGAUAGCGGCUGCUGGGGCCGUUAUUCAAAAGCAACAAUUCCUCAUUUCGUGUUCAAUCAGACUCAGAGAGUUGCCUUCAGUGGCGGAACUGCAGAGAGCUUGGAAGGCACUCCGAUUUCUACACCCGCAAAUUGCUGCCGAGGCGGACGAAAGUGGCUUCAGACUCACCUACACUGUGCCAUCUCCAGAGUCCAUCAGGACCUGGAUGCAGGAAACUUUCAUUGUCGAUGCAGCCAGCAAUUCAGCCAACAACCUCUAUACGUGUAUCAACCCCGCGGAACACUUCCAGAUAUACAUCUUGCCCCUAUCAGGAGAAAUUCUAUUCCGCACACCGCACUGGCGUAUAGAUGGCACAGGCCUCCGAAUUCUGCAAAAUGCAUUUCUCCAGAUUCUCGCUGACGGUCCGCCUAACAUUAUAUUUGACGGCACAGAGGUCGUACGGUUAGCACCUUCCCUCAAUGAAGCUGCCUUUGUUCCUCGCGAACCUACACCACAGACCAGCAAAGCUUCUGACGCUGAACUUGAUGCCUUCGAGGCUGGCCCGCCGUCAAUUCCAAUUGCGACGCUGCCCAAUAUAUUGCCUACCAGUCCCCAACGCUACCGUAUCACAUUUUCGGCUGAUGUGACUGAGCGCAUUAUCUCGUCCUGUAAGGCGCGAGGAAUCACGGUGACAACAGCUGCCCACUCGGCCCUCGUUCUUGCGAUGCAGCCGUGCACACAAGACAAUUCUGGCCCAAGCACCCGAGACACCGGAAGGGGAAAAUAUACCGGCAUCACGGCGCUUGACCUACGAAAGUAUCUUUCCGCGCCGUGGAACGGUCCCCAAUCAGCUGUUAGCCUCUAUCAUACUGGCUUGCCAUUCAGCAUCGACCUGAACGAACACAGGGACUUCAACGCCAUUGCAGCCGAGAUGAAAGCGAUACAUACGCGGAAUUUGCGCAAUGAUGAGUCCCAAAAUGCGAUUGAGUUCCUGGCCAGUUAUGUUAGAAAAGCCCUAGGCACUCUGAGCGUUGCACCAGAAGACCCGCUAAAGGCGCCGGCCUACCAAACGUUGAGCUCUUUAGGCGUAGUCAACAAUUACCUGCACAGCAAGCGUGAUGGGAAGGCGGCAACGGUCGAGAUCGAGGAUUGGUGGUUGAGCGUUGAAAUUAUCAAUCGCGUGCUUGCGACGACUCUCUGGACUUGGGACGGCCAGCUGAACUUGUCGGUUAGUUACAAUGGGGCGUUCUAUGAGAGAAGUUUUGUCGAACAGUUCAUCGAUGGGUGGGGAAGAGAACUUACGACGGCCCUGGGUGUCGAAGAACAUAUUAUCUCUGCCGAUAUUUCCGCUACAGCAAUAAGCAGCGAAAGGGCCCAAUGUUGGAUCAGGAGGACAAUAGCUCUGGUAAGAAGACUAUUUUGUCACUAA